ACUCAAACUUCGCAACGCUAUAGCUCGUAGCUGCCCUAUGGUAGCUACACAGAAACAGCUCAGAAAGAAAUGUCAAUAUCACAACAGCCAUGUCAAUAUUUGGGUUAGUUGAUGCGUUAGAGUUAACGGGUGCGUCACAUUUGUGAUCGUUGGUUGUUGGGAAACUUGCGGCUGACGUUAAUGUGCAGCGUCAAACAAGCUAGCGACAGUGUUUUAAUGACGAACGAAUGAGCUUAGUGACUUUUGAGCUCGGCUUCUUUGUAGAGGACGGAUAGGCCAGUGUGCAUGAACAUGGAGGAGGCUGUAAAAGACGUUUAUCUGACCCCGGCCUUUCUUCUGUCCAAGGGAAAGCCAAGAGGAGGCACCUGAAUGCAGACGAGUGUGAUGACCUAGGACAAACUGCAGGGGGCACUAAUGCCCUUACCCAGCCCCACUUCAUGAACCAUUGCCAGGGCAACCGCGACCCCAACAAGUGGCUGUACCCCAGGACACUCACUAAACGACGAAGGCAGGCGAUGACUUCAGGACCCCAGCCAAAGGAUGAAGAUGAUGAGGAGGAGGAGAUUGACGAUAUCAGCCUCCUUGCUGCGGCCUUCUCUACGGAGUCUCAGGCAACUGAGGAGGAGCAGGAAGAGGUUGAUGAUUUCACACAAUCAAGUGAUAUGGUGACGUCAGAGGAGGAGGAGGUGGUGGAUUACCUGGAGGGAAUCACGGCAGAGAUGUUUGGGGUAGAUGAUGAAUUUGAACGUGCUUUCAGUGACAUUCACAAUGAGGAGGAGGAGGUGGAGGCCCUCCCCGAUGCUCACUAUGGGCUCCUAGGCAGCAGCAGGGUCCUGCUGCAGCCCCAGGGCUGCAUGCACGACCUACCGGAGGAGGUGCUGAGGCAGGUACUCUGCCACGUCCCCGCCAAGGAUCUCUUCCGCAGCGUCGGCCUCGUCUGCCAUCGCUUGAGGGACAUUGUCCACGAUGCCAAGUUUUUGCCCUUCAGGAAACAGUACUACCGCUACAUGAUGGGAGAGAAGGAGACGGAGAGGGAGAUAUUUUCCAUCCUGAAGAACAGCCGCAUACAACACCCAGCAUCGUCACAGCACAGCAUACGAAACCUCGUAGUUUUAAUGGCUCAGCAUAAGGUCGGUGAGAGGGUGAGGCCCGAGGACGUGCUGGAGUGUAUUAAGAAACAUCGCCUUUUUCCUCAGGCCGAGGCCUCCAUCAGAUUACGUAUUCCUGACAUUCAGAAGUACUUAAACCUCGGCACCAAGGGCCCCAACCCCUAUGCAGCCAUGGCUGUCGUAUUGAUCCUGAGCGAAAGUGUCGGAGACGUGCAGGCCCUGGUGUCCCUGCUCUCCGGCUGCAUGUCGCACACCGGCGUCACCGAGUACCUCAGCCACAUGGCCACGAUGUUGCUAGCUUUGGAGAGAAGCAGGAUCCGGAUAAAUAACAGGUUGCAUUACAACAUCUACUACGUGCUUCACCUGAUGGAGAACGGACCCUUUUCUGUCGGUUCCAGUCAGAGCGGGCGGCCUCAGAUUCAGCUCACCUGUGAACAGCAGCAGAUCCUCGGCCACGACAUCCAGCAAGACGACGUGGUCAAGAUCAUUGCUUUCGCAGGUACGGGAAAGACGACCACGCUGAUCAAGUAUGCCGAGCAGCGGCCGCACCUCCGCUUCCUGUACGUGGCCUUCAACAAGUCGGUGGCGUGCGAAGCAGUGCGCCGCUUCCCAGGGAACGUGGACUGCAAGACCGUCCACUCGUUGGCCUUCAGUGGCGUCGGGCGGAUGUAUCAAGCUGCUCAGAAGUUGACCUCCAACCUGAAGCCGUUUACUGUCAGCGCUGUUCUGCCCAAAGGCCGCGGCGGCUUUGCCAAGGCCAAAGUGGUGACCACAACGCUCAACACCUUCAUGGCCUCAGCGGACCCAACUAUCACGGCCAGCCACGUCCCCAGCGCCCACGUGUCGCUUAAUGGCAAUAGGAAGGAAAUAGAUGGUGAUGAAAGACUGAUGGUCGUCCACGAGGUGCAGCAGAUCUGGAACAGAAUGAAGGAUCUCAAUGAGAGGAAAAACGAGGCCUACUACAUGACGCAUGAUGGUUACCUGAAGCUGUGGCAGCUCCAAGACCCCAAACCCGCUCUGUCUGACCAGUACGACGUUCUCUUCAUCGACGAGGCCCAGGACUGCACACCGGCCAUCAUGGAUGUGAUGCUGUCCCAGCAAUGUGGGAAGAUCCUGGUCGGAGAUCCCCAUCAGCAGAUCUACACCUUCAGAGGCGCCGUCAACGCCCUGCACGUCGUCGACCACACGCACAUCUACUACCUGACACAGAGCUUUCGGUUCGGUGCCGAGAUCGCCUACGUGGGUGCCACCAUCCUCAAAGUGUGUAAGAGGGUCCAGAAGAUUCUCGUGGGAGGAAAGCAGAAGGGCGGUGUGUGUGACGAGAACGCGGACAAGGCCACGGAGGCCGUGAGGACGGGCGUGAGCCUUUGCCUGGGGACGACGGCUAUCUUGUCGAGAUGCAAUCUCAGCGUGUUCAGCACAGCCGUCAGUCUGACGGAUGCCAACCCGCACUGCCGGAUCCACUUCAUAGGAGAUGUCAAAAAUAUCGGCCUGAAUAGGAUCCUGGACAUCUGGCGGCUGAUGCACGGGUCAGACAAACAGCCAAAAUUCUUCAAGGAUCCGCUACUUCGCUGCUUCGCAAGGAACAGCAAAAACGCUGUCCUUGCCCUGAAGACGUACAUUGACCAGACCCAGGACAAGGAGCUCAUGGGCAAACUCAGCAUCGUGGACAAAUAUCGGGGUCGAAUACCUCAACUGGUGAAGCGCCUGGACAGCUGCUUCGAGAAAGACUUCCACAAAGCAGACUUCAUAGUCGGAACCGUCCACAAGGCCAAAGGUCUGGAGUUCGACACCGUGAUUGUCAGCGACGACUUUGCCAAGGUUCCUUUCUCCAUGCACAACUUGCACCACACUCCCAGCUUCUCGUUCGGCAAAAUCCCUGACGAUGAGUGGAACCUGCUGUACGUGGCGGUGACUCGUGCCAAGACGACGCUGAUCAUCACCAAGAGCGUCUGCCACAUCCUCACAGUGUCCGGGGAGUACUUCUUGAAGUCGGAGAUGCCCAGAGCCCUGAUGAAGGCGGGCGGGCCUCUGCCGUGCUCCGUCCCCAACUGUCCCAACUGCAUCACACCUGGCUCUGCGUUCGUCAUGCACAAACAAGAGAUGAAAUUUAUGGAUGAUGUGUCAAAUGGCGGCCCGCUGUGCGAGAGGUGCGUGUGGACACGCGUCGGACCAACCGCCUUCCUCAUGACUGACGACGUCCUCUCGAUGGCUGAAAUACCAGAAAGACUCGACCACGAAGUCCACCACGGUUUCUGAUGCGCACUGUUCGGGACAUGAAAACAGUAAAAAUUCUAAAGGUGCUAUGCCAUCAUCCCUGCUUACCGACUGUGAUUGUGUUUUUUUUUUUUAACUGUUGGGUUUUUUGAGUGUAUUUUUCUCUGUGAGAUACAAAAUAGAUUUUACUGGAGAACUCUGUGUCAUUGUGUUACACUGACUGUGUUCUUUAAAGACUUUUCUACUUUU